AUGGAAAUACGACCCGAAUACGUUUUUAUCGGAAUUCUCAUUCUUGUGCCCCUCCAAUUGUGGCUUUCCCCCGCAGAAACGGGCCAUUUGAAAUAUAAUUUGAACAGGUUUGGUUUUUAGGCUCAAAAAUUAUAGUUUUUUCACUCAAAAUUAUAGUUUUUUCACUUAUAGUUUUUUCACUCAAAAUUACGCUUUAGAACAAAAACAAGCGUAGAGAUGCAUUUCAGUAUGAUUUUCGCAGUCAAACAACAUUUGCCCACGUGGAUCACAGGCGUCGACGCGGAAGCGGAAGCGGAACACGCGUUGAAGAUCGAGACGGAAAUGGAUCCGAAUGGGGGCGGAGCUUACGGAUGUGAGCGUUUUUUUUUGGAAAUAAAACGAUCAAAAGCGACAAUAAUUUGAUCUUUAGCAAUUCAACGCAAUAAUCGAUUUUCAAAAAAUUUUCACGCUAUUCUUUUGGUUUUCUGUUGUUUCAAUCGAAAAUGCACAAAAAAAACUGUGAUUUUCAGUGGGCCAGUACACCCGACAGCGUGCCCCUCAGGUGGAAUUCCGCGUCGGCGACAUCGUCCACCACCACAAAUCGCAGUUCCGCGGAGUCGUCGUCGGAUGGGACGAGACGGCGAUCGCGCCCGAAAACUUUCUGAGAACGGCGCACGGAGACAAUGAGGUUCGGCGGAAAUUCGAAAAAUCAUGGCCUAAAAUUCGAUAUUUGUCCGUUCUUUUUCAGCACUACGCCACACAACCGAACUACGCGAUUCUGAUCGACACGCGCGACCGUCUGACGCCCCAAUUGACGUACGCUCCCCAGGAGAACCUCGAGCCGACGAAAGGGACCGUUCUGCAUCCGCUCGUCGCCAAAUUCUUCGACGGAUUCGACGAGAAACGACAAAAGUAGGCGUGAAACGGAUAACGGCCGAGAAAAAGAUCUUCCAGAUACGUGAUGCGACCAAUCUACAAACAAUGGUAUCCGGACGAUUGA